GCCUGCCCCGCCUGCCCCGCCUGCCCUUCCUCGCCGCCGGGCCGCUCGGGUCUUGCCGAUCCCCUCCUCCUUUGCCCCGCCGUCCUAACUUUUUUCCCUCCUUCCCUCAGAGGAUGUCCUCCUUCCAGAUCAACCUCAACCCGCUCAAGGAGCCGCUCGGCUUCAUCAAGGUCCUGGAGUGGAUUGCUUCCAUCUUUGCUUUUGCCACCUGUGGAGGUUUUAAGGGCAAAACAGAAAUUCUGGUGAGUUGUCCUCCAAAAGUUCUUGAAAAUCAUACUGUUGCAGCUGCUUUUGGUUAUCCAUUCAGGUUGAAUCAAGCAUCAUUUCAUCCACAUUCUAUUGUAAAUGUGUGCGAUGUAGAUUGGAAAAGUCAUGUCCUCAUAGGAGAUUACUCUUCUUCUGCACAAUUCUAUGUUACAUUUGCAGUCUUUGUAUUCUUGUACUGCAUUGCUGCCCUUCUGCUUUAUGUUGGUUACACGAACCUUUACCGGGAUAGUCGUAAACUUCCCAUGAUUGACUUUGUUGUUACUCUAGUUGCCACUUUUUUGUGGUUGGUGAGCACAUCGGCCUGGGCUAAAGCUCUUACAGAUAUUAAAAUAGCUACCGGUCAUAAUAUUCUUCAGGAACUUCUACCUUGUAAACAGCCAGAUGUGAUAUGUCAUUUUUAUUCUGUGACUAGUAUGGGAUCCCUGAAUGUAUCUGUGAUCUUUGGCUUUCUGAAUAUGAUACUUUGGGGAGGAAAUGCCUGGUUUGUGUACAAGGAGACAAGUUUACAUAGUCCAUCAAGUACUUCUGCUUCCCAUACCCAAGGAGGUGUGCCACCUCCUGCUGGAAUAUAAUUGAAGGGAGAGAUACACUGUGUGAAAUACAUGUCUAUACUAUGACUUGUUGCCAACAUCUUCAGAAGCGCUUGUUUCUAAUAAAAGUAAUGGCUUUUUCAAUAAAUUGGUGGGUUUUAAAUUUUGCUGCUUUUUUUUUUUUUUUUUUUUUUUUUUUUACAUAAAAACUGUGCCUUUCCUAAAAAUUUAAGAUGUAAAUGUAUUCUGACAUGAAAAUCUGAAAGUUCAGGGGCCUAUUAUGAGAUGAUACACAUUUUUAAAUGAAUAGUAAUUUCUUCAUUGUUUGCCUUCCAACAUGUUUACACCUUAAGCCUUAAUAGUUCAUUCAGAAAAUGGUUAUAUCAUCAUAUCAUAAUAGGAAUAAAAUCUUUAUUUGGAAUAAACACUACUGUAAGUUUGUAUAGAUCAUAUACCUAAGACCUGUGUUUAACAAAGCCUUGAUUAUAUAAAUCAUAUUUAGGAAAAAAAACAUUUAGUUCAAAUUUCAUAUCUGAACAUUCUUCAUAUUCUAAAAUAAUUUUUACUUGUAAGAUUAGGUAUAUGUUUUAUUCCUCUUUUUCUAAAUGACCUGCUGAACUUUAUAGAUGUACUAAAAUUGUGUUAGGAGCAGGGAUUUGGAAAUUUAUAACAUUGUGUGGUUAAGUACUUCUGUUGCAUGAUGUAUAAGCUUCCAUUAUGCUGGUGCUUUAAUAGGCUUGGCAUAUAAGUAGAACAUGGUUCAAUUAGGUGUUGUUAUGUGUGCAGGCAUUACUCUUAAUGAUAUUUGUUUGCUAUGUUUUGUUACUCAUACCAUCUAAGUGCAGGUUGAGACCCAGUCUCCUUGCAAGUAGAGUAAAUGGUCUACCCUUUAUUGCAGACCCUAUUCAGAGGGUUAAAAAUAUUAAGAUUGCCUUAUACUUUGGAAACAUUUAACAGAGUCAAUGAAGUUGCCACUUUGAGUUUAGCAUUGAUAUUGUGAAGAUAAAUGUGAUUCAAAUUUUGUGUGUUUUUUAAUAGUCAUUCUUUUUUCACAAGUGGAUGAUUAAGGAAUUAUGCAUCAUAAAGGAAGCUAAGUGAGCUAUAUUAUGAGUGCACUGUUUUUGCACAUACAUUUUAGGUUUAUUCCAAAUACAGUACUUAUUCAUAUUUUGCUUCCUGAUCUUUUUGUUGUACAGGGAUCCAGAUUUCCUACUCUUAAAACAUGAUUGUUUAUAUGUGAAGCAUAUCUUGCUAUUGCCUUAUUUUUGUUGCUUUUAUUCAUGGCAAAAAUUGUCAAUAUGAGAAUGUAUAUGUUUUAUGCAACAAACUUAAUAAAGAAGUUAAAAGAAUGCAUUGAUUGUUAUGUUACAAAGAAAUGUUCAUCUUAAAGGCAUCAGCAAUGCAAAAAUGAAACGGAUUUUAAAGUACGAAAUAGAAUUAUAAUUAGUACUUUUAGGUGUUUGGCAAGGAAUAAAACAGAUAAAAUACUUUGGACACUCUGAUUCUAUCCCCUUUUCUUUCAAUCUCAUUUUUAAAAUACUUACAACUCUCAGACUAAGUUUUCCUAGUAACUUAAUAUCCUUUUUUAGUUGACUAUUCAAUUAGGUAGAAAAGAUUCCUGAUUAAGAGUAUAUGUUCUGGAGCCAGACUACCUGGAUUUGAAUCUUGACUUCAUCACUUAAACUAGCUAGUUAACUUGAGGCAAAUUACCCUCUGUCUGCCUCUGUUUGUUUAUCUGAGAAAAGGAAAUAGUAAAAGUACUGACCUCAAAAAGUGUUUCUGAAAAGGAAAUGAGUAAAUAAUUGUAAAGGCCUUAAAACAGUAGGCACUCUGUGUUAUAGCUAUGAUUACUCAUUUGGUGGUAUCUAAUGUAGAGAUUCUUAACAUAGUUCAUGGAGUUUAGUGGGGAGGGUGGUUUGUGAUUGAGAAGUAGGAUAAGCUUCAUGUGUACAGGCUUCUUUCUUUAUGGUAUUUCUUAAAGGAGUCCUAGAUGUUUAGGUGUAUUUUUCUGCUGGUUGUAGAUGUUCAUGAUAUUAAUGAAACUAAAAGUUAAUAGGCUAUUGACUGGGCAUGGUGGUGCACAUCUGUAAUCCUGAGGCUGAGGCAGGAGGAUCAUAAGUUCAGGACCAGCCUCAGCAACUUAGCAAGAUCCCACCUCAAAAUAAAAAGGGCUCAAGAUGUAGCUCGGUGUUAAAGCGCCCUUGGUACAAUCCCCAGUACAAAAAAAAAAAAAAAUUAAUUAGCUAUUGAGAUUAGAGUAGACUUACUUA